UCCUCUUCUCCUCCUCCGCCUCAACUCCCACCAUGGCGUCCCUCCGCUUACCCCGACUAAUACGCUCGCCCGGUCGUCGACUAUACUCGGCCGCGGCAUCGCCAUCGUCACGACUGAACCUCCCCAUCGACUACAAAUCCACUCCGCUCCUCCAUCACACAUCCUCCACGCUCUCCGAAAGCCUAGAACUCCCCGGCUCGACAACUUCCAAAUCCAUGAACCUCUACCAAGCCAUCAAUUCCGCCCUACGCACCGCACUCACCAAGUCGGAGAAGGUGAUGCUCUUCGGUGAAGAUGUCGCCUUCGGAGGUGUUUUUCGCUGCUCGAUGGAUCUCCAGACGGAAUUUGGUUCGGAACGUGUUUUCAAUACCCCAUUGACGGAACAAGGAAUCGUGGGAUUUGCCAUUGGGGCCGCCGCACAGGGCAUGAAGCCGGUCGCGGAGAUCCAGUUCGCCGAUUAUGUCUUCCCAGCUUUCGACCAGAUUGUCAACGAAGCCGCAAAAUUUAGAUAUCGUGAAGGUGCCACGGGGGUGAAUGUUGGCGGCAUGGUCGUGCGCAUGCCCUGUGGUGCGGUUGGACACGGCGCUUUAUAUCAUUCACAAUCGCCCGAAGCGCUUUUCGCUCACGUCCCAGGGGUCCAGGUUGUUGUUCCCCGUUCUCCGACGCAAGCAAAGGGCCUUCUCCUCGCUUCUAUCUUCGAGCAUAACAACCCCGUCAUCUUCAUGGAGCCGAAAUGUUUGUACCGUGCGGCGGUGGAGCAUGUUCCGAAUGAGUAUUACACAAUCCCGCUCAGCAAGGCGGAGAUUCUAAAGCCGGGAAAUGAUGUCACCCUUAUCUCCUAUGGCCAGCCGCUCUAUCUGUGUUCCGCAGCUAUUGCCGCCGCAGAGAAGGCCCUCGGUGUCAGUGUGGAGCUGAUUGAUCUGCGCACGAUCUACCCGUGGGAUCGGCAGACGGUCCUCGAUAGCGUGAAGAAGACCGGCCGAGCGAUCGUGGUGCACGAGAGCAUGAUCAACUAUGGAGUCGGUGCUGAGGUGGCUGCUACUAUUCAGGACCAGGCGUUCUUGCGGCUAGAGGCGCCCGUCAAGCGAGUUGCGGGAUGGAGUACACAUACAGGACUUCAAUAUGAGAAGUUCAUCCUGCCUGAUGUUGCUCGGAUAUAUGACGCCAUUAAGCAGAGCAUUGAAUACUAAGUUAUCAAAAUCAUAAACCCCAACAGUUCGUUUAUAUUGCAUGGAUGGUGAUAACUAUACGCCUUCCCUUAUGUAUUUAGACAUUGUACGAGCGGAAUAUAAUGAACUCCAGCGCAUGUCCAUAGGCGUAGCGGAUAUCCCAGAAGAUAUCCGGAAUUGAUCUGACAGGGCACUUUUGCUACAUGUGUA